AUGGUUCUGUUCCUCUUUUUCAAUCCAUUCAAAGCACAAGAUGGUCAAAUCAUAGAUGACGUAAAAUAUGGAGCAUUAAAAACCAUUGUAGUUGAUAAAAAUGGUCAAGGAAAUUUCACGAGUGUGCAAAAAGCCAUAGAUUCUAUCCCAUCAAAUAACAAUUUCUGGACUCUUAUCAGUGUUAAAGCUGGUAUCUACAAUGAAAAGGUCAAAGUUCCUCGAGACAAGCCUUUUAUUGUUCUUCAAGGAGAAAGCAGAUGGAACACUGUGAUUCAGUGGGAAGAAGCCGGUAGUUCCACCUCGAGUGCUGCAUUUAGCUUGGAGGCCGACCAUUUCAUCGCGGCAAAAAUACUAUUCAAGAAUACAUAUAACCUUGUUCUACCGAUUCCUGACGACGGACACCGGAUUCUUUGGGCACCCGCUGCUGUAAUAUAUGGAGACAAGGCAAGUUUUUACGAGUGUGGUUUCGCUGGUUUGCAAGACACUUUGACAGACGCAGGUGGGCGUCACUAUUUCAAAUCCUGCUACAUUCAAGGCGCAAUAGAUUUCAUCUGGGGCAAAGGACGGUCAUUUUACGAGCGAUGCAUUCUAAAUGCCACAGCAGUUCCGGGUAGAACAACCUCUGGUCAUAUUACAGCUCAAGCUCGAGAUGGCCCCAACGAUCCCAGUGGUUUUGUGUUCAAUUUGUGUAGUAUACAAGGAAAUGGAGCUGUGUAUUUAGGAAGAGCAUAUAGACCGUAUUCAAGAGUAGUGUUUAAGGGUACAUUCAUGUCCAAUAUUGUUCAACCUGAGGGUUGGGAUGCAUGGAACGAGAAGGGCAAAGAGGAGACCGAGGGUGCUGGUUCGGUUUUCUCUAGAGAGGGGCUGAUAGGAUUCUUGUUUGGUGAGAGACAUCUGGUUGAAGCUUUUUUUAGAGAGAAAGUGGCUGAAAAUUUUGGAGAAAAGGGUGAUUUCACCUUUGCACAAGUUGAUUGUAAAGGACCAGGAUCAGAUACUUCAAAGCGUGUGCCAUGGGAAAAGAAACUUGAUGCAAGCCAGCUCGAGAAAUUUUCAAAAUCAUCUUUCAUAGACCAAGAUAGAUGGCUUGAGAAACUACGAAAGGAUCGUAAGCUAACAACGAUUACUUAUAAUGCACAUGAAGAUACUGAUAUUAGUGCUACUUUUACCUCAUCACCAAGCAAUAUUGUUGCAAAAGACAUAACCUUCAAGAAUUCAUAUAACCUUCCAUUCAACCAAAAAUUUUACAACAAAAAUAUCUACUAUGGAAUCAAGAUACCUGGAGUAAUACCGGCACUUUCUGCACGAAUUUAUGGCGAUAAAUCAGCUUUCUAUGAUUGUGCUUUCGUGGGAGUUCAAGAUACAUUGUGGGAUGUCCAAGGCCGACAUCACUUUUCUAAUUGCUACAUUGAAGGGGCAGUAGAUUUUAUAUUUGGUGCUGGCCAAUCUUUCUAUGAGGGUUGCUCGAUAAAUGUUACUAGUGCAGGUUUCAUAACAGCCCAGGGUCGAGAGUUUCCUAAUGAAACAAAUGGUUUCAUAUUUAGUCGUUGCACUAUUUCUGGAAUUAGAGGUGUUCGAGCUUUACUUGGAAGAGCCUUUAGACCAUACUCGAAAGUAAUAUUUCAAGAAUCAUUUUUAUCUGAAGUGGUUGAUCCUCUUGGAUGGAAUGCUUGGCAUUACGCAGGGCAUGAGGAUAAAUUCACUUAUGCGGAGAUUAAUUGUAAAGGACCAGGGUCUAAUAAAUCAAAGCGUGUUCCAUGGGAAAAGAAGCUAUCAGCAAAUCAACUCAAAGAGUUUUCAAAGUCAUCUUUCAUUGAUCAAGAUGGUUGGCUUGCCAAACUACCUCUUUGA